CCAGGUGUUCAACCUGUCUUCCCUCAACCGGGUGGUAGCCAGCAACCUGCUUUCCCUCAGCCAGGUGAUGGUAGCAGUCCGCAGCCUGUCUUUCCUCAGCCAUCGGGCCAACCUGCUUUCCCUCAGCCAGGUGGUGGUAGCCAGCAGCCUGUUCCAACUCCCGCUGACCAAGAAUAUGUGACGACGCCUAAAUGUCCAGAGGGCAAUGACAAAGUUUAUCCUGCACCGGAUGGUGGCUUCUUCAAACUACAAUGCAGUACCCAUGGCUGGUUCGGAACUCUUCAGUCGACGACCGCAGACACUUAUCAACAAUGUAUCGACAUUUGCAGUGCAACGGAUGGAUGCCUCGCCAUCAACUGGGACUCCGAUAAUGGCGCCUCAGCUAAUUCCAAGGGUUGUUCUCUGAUGAAGUCAGACAAGGCUGGAGAUACCCACUGCCUCAACCACGACUUUGCGUACUCGGUACCUCCGCCCACUAUUCCCCAGACAACGGAGCUAGUACCCCAAUGCACAACCGAAUGUCCUGGGGCGAAUCAUCGCCAAUACACUAGUCCCAAUGGAGAAGUCUUCAAGAUGAAUUGCGGCAAGCGUCAUGGCGCAGAGUACCUCACCACCCUGGACACAGGGUCCCUGAAAGAGUGCAUGGAUGCCUGCUCCGAAUUGGUUCCCUGCCACAGCGUCGACUACCAUGUCCGUUCGAAGAAGUGCUACCUCUCUAAUCAUCAGGGAGAGCCUAUCAUCGACGCUCCGGGAUUCAACAGCGCGUACAGCAUUGGCUGUGCUGGGGCUUGUGAUGACAAGUCCUGUGGUUGCAAGGAUGCGUGA